UCAUUUUCCUAACAUAUUUUGUCUCACUCCUAUUCUGAAAGGCUUGAUGGUGCCUGUUCACUAUCAAAUUUCAAGCUGUGAAACUGAGUUGAAUUUACAGAAGAUAUUAAGAAUCCACCGCCCUUUAGGAUUCAUUUCAUCAGUUUUUUUUUUUUUUUUUAAUUUAUUUUUUUGGUCAUUUAUAUUUCAUAACUCGCUUGCCAGGACUAUUUGAGUUGGUUUGUCGUUUUGUAUUUUUUGUCUUCUAUACUUUUUUCAUUUUUUAAUCUUUGUCUUCUAUGCUUUUGGUUUUCUGCUACAGGGUGAAAGUUGUAGUGUCAUGGAUAUCUUGUCCGUUUAUAUUUGUUCUGUCCCCACCUGAAAAGAAGUUUCAGAGUCAUCGGAAGGAGUCAUAUCAGAGGGAUUCGGAAUGGUAACAAAGAUCUAUCAUGAUGCUCACUGAAAGUAGAAAAAUUCAAACAGAAGCUAACUCUGAUUAUGAUCUUAAAAGUGAAAUCAAAGCUUUUGAUGAUUCAAAAGCUGGAGUCAAGGGACUAGUAGAGUCUGGGAUAACCAAAAUUCCUCGUUUUUUCAUUGAUCCGCAACUUUCCCCUGAGAAGAAAUCAGUUUAUACCAAUUCCCAGUUCAGUGUUCCAAUCAUAGACCUUCAGGGUGUCAAAGAAGAUUUAACCCUGCGUGCAAAGAUAAUUGAGUUAGUUAGAAAUGGUUCUGAAAAUUGGGGUUUCUUUCAGAUAGUUAACCAUGGAAUUCCCGUCAGUGUUUUGGAUGAGAUGAUUGAUGGUGUACGAAGGUUUCAUGAGCAAGAAACUGAGGUGAAGAAGGCGUUUUAUACACGCGAGCGUACCAGAAAGGUACUAUUCGUGAGCAAUUUUAAUUUGUAUAAAUCACAAACAGCUACUUGGAGGGACACAUUGACUUGCAUCAUUUCUCCUGAAUCACCGGACCCUGAGGAAUUGCCUGGAGUUUGCAGAGACAUAGUGAUGGAUUAUUCCAAGAGAGUAAUAACAUUGGCAGUUACAUUGUUUGAAGUUCUCUCUGAGGCCCUGGGGCUUAACCCAAGCCGUCUCAAUGACAUGAAUUGUGCUGAGGGACUCGUCCUCCUGGGACAUUAUUAUCCUAAAUGCCCUGAACCAGAAUUAACCAUGGGCACUUGCAGCCACACUGAUACCAACUUCAUGACAAUACUUCUGCAAGACCAAAUUGGUGGUCUGCAAGUUCUUCAUGAGGAUCAAUGGAUUGAUGUACCAUACAUUCCUGGAGCCCUAGUAGUAAAUAUUGGAGAUCUUCUACAGCUUAUUUCCAAUGGCGUGUUUAAAAGUGUCAAUCAUAGGGUGUUGGUAAAACGUGAAGGCCCUAGAAUUUCAGUGGCAAGUUUUUUCAGAACACAAGCUCAUGAUAAAGGAAAUGCCUCUAGACUUUAUGGACCAAUCAAGGAAUUAUUAUCAGAAGAAAAUCCCCCCAUCUAUAGGGAGACAUCCAUGCAUGAUUAUUUGUCACACUACUAUACACAAGUGAUUGAUCAGACCUCUUCACUGUUACAUCUCAAGCUAUGAAGUCAAGAGGAGAUAUUUGCAGAAAGUUUGUGCCACCUGAUGCGUUGUGUGUUAUUUCUUCUAUUGAACUUUUGAUCAAGGAUAUCCAUAUUGAUCUCAUAUGUUUGGAGCUUUAUUAUUCUGUGUUAAUGAUAUGUCUAUGCUUCUGUGCUUGCUUGGAUUGAUGCAUAAUGCUGAAACUCAAGUCAAAUUUCUCGAAUUUUGCUGAUUGUUAAUUUUUAAUCACUAAUUUUCUGUGAGAUAUCAGUGAGGCGUGUAAUAUUAUUUUUAAGUUUUUCUUUUGAUUCUUUCCUCUCAAAAAGAAAAAACGAAGCUGUUCUUUAGCUACCUGGGCCAACAAGAAAAAAUAAGUGGGCGACCACAAGCAAUUUGAAGGAGAUAUUUCAAAUGAUGUGUUGCUGCAUUAGUACGACUGAUGGUCCAACUGUACAAAGAAUGAGUGGGACUAUGGACUCCACUUGGAGGGCUGUAGAAAAUUCAUCAGGUUUCCAUUGCUUAACCUCUGAAGAUAUUGCUAAAGAAAGGGGAAAAAAGAUGAGAAUUCCUCGUAUAUUUGUUGAUCAACAAUUUAUCCUCGAGAAAGAUCAGCUGGUAGUAAUAGCGGUUCACAGUUCAGUGUUCCAAUCAUUAACCUGGAAGGCAUAAACAAAGAUUUAUCUCGACAUAAAGAGACAAUUGAAGAAGUUCGAACUGCGUGUGAGAAUUGGGGUUUCUUCCAGGUUGUUAACCAUGGUAUUACGAUCAGAUGUUUUGGAUGAGAUGAUUGAUGGGCUAGGUAAAUUUCAUGAGAUGGAUGCGGUGGGGGAUUUAGGAUUUUUUUUUUGGAACGUCCACUUAGGACAGUAGGUGUCUGCUAGGUGAUGGAUGUUGGCUAACUGUAUUGUGCUGUGACUCGGUAUUGAUUAUUGGCUGUGAAUGAAGUGGUAUGGAAUUAAGAAAGAUAUGUUUAAGAGAAAAUUUUGGGAUGUUAGGAAAAAUUUUUGGGAUGUCUGAUGAAAUAUUUUUCUUCAUAUCUUUUUGUUUUCCAAACUUUGGCAGUAUCCAUGGACUCCCUAUCUUUGCAUUUGCAUCCUCCACUGGAUGGAUGUCGAGGUGAAUAAAGAGUUCUACACGCCUGAUCUCAUCAGAAAGUUUUCUUUUCUAAUUAAUGUUGGUUUGUAUAAAUCACAAGCUGCAAAUUGAAGGGACAAACUCAAUAUUACCAUUGGCUCCUCAUCCGCCUAGUUCUGCAGAUUGCCAGAGGUUUUCAGGUCUGUGAUGAGGAUUGUAAUGUUUCACAUUCUCUUCUCUCUUUCUCCGUAUUAUAUAGUCUGCUUGAAUUGCACAACUUUAAUCAAUUUGCAGAGACAUAGCAAUCGGUUUUUUGAAAAAGAGUGAUGGAGUUGGGACUUGGGAUUGACUCUGCUUCAGUUCCUAUGUGAAGCUCUUGGACUUAAUCCUGAUAGCCUAAAAGACAUAGGAUGCCCUGACCCUGAAUUAACCCUUAGCGUUUGCCCCGCACUGAUCCUAGUUCUUGACCGUACUUCUGUUAGAAAGAGUGGGGUCCAGCCCUUGUGUUAUUUGACUUUUCAAAGGUCUUGGCCCUUAUGUUUUAAGUUCUUCUGUGUUAUUUGACUUUUCAAAGAUCACGGCCUUUAUGUUUUAGGUUAGUCUAUGAGAGCCUUACAUAAUAAAAUAUGUGAGCGCUGGUUUUGGUGUGAAGAAAAAGGGAU